ACCAAACCAGAAGAGGCAGCCUCCACCAGCGAUUCCAUGCUCCAGUCCAUCCUCCAACACCAGCAGGCAGCAGUGACUCUAGUCCAGCUUCCAGCACGCAGGUAGCAUUGACUCCAGUCCACUCUCCAACACCAACAACGACUCCAGUCCAACAAUUGUGGAUAGAACCAGUGGCGAGGUGAGUUUCCCUCUCUUUCUCUCUCUUUCUUUCUCUCGGGUUUUACCUUUUUGGGGCAUUUUGCCCUAAAACCUAAAUCGUUCCCAAACCCCCCUACUCUGAGACUCUCAAACGCUCCCUUUUCUUCCCCCCCCCCCUCUCUCUCUCUCUGAGUCUCUGCUGUGAGUACGAGCAAGCAAUAAAAUCUCAAGGGUGAAGGAACUCUAUUUCAUGGGCUUCUGCUUCAUUGCUUCAAGGACUCUUGCUUUGAAGAAGAGGCUGCUUCAAACUUCAAAUCUCCAUUGUGGCAGCUAACGACAACUCCCAUUGACAGUAGCAGAUGCGAGUUAUAUAACAAACGGGUAUUUGGAUACGGUGAUAGAUUGGAUUCCAGGAAUGAAAAAUAUUCGUUUGAAGGAUUUUCCAAGUUUCAUCAGAACCACAAACCCGAAUGUCAUAAUGUUGGAUUUUGCCAUGACUGAAGCUGAAAAAGUUCAUAAAGCUUCUGCAUUGAUUUUGAACACAUUCGAUGCCCUAGAGCCUGAAGUUUUAGAGGCACUUUCAACAAUCUUUCCUACAAUUUACACAAUUGGACCUCUCCAACUACACCUGAAUCAAAUCAAAGAAGAUGAUCUGAAAAAUUAUGGGUCAAAUCUUUGGAAAGAAGAAUCAGGUUGCCUCGAGUGGCUUGACUCUAAGGAACCCAACUCCGUGGUUUACGUGAAUUUUGGCAGUGUCACAGUCAUGACACCCCAACAAUUAAUUGAAUUUGCUUGGGGACUUGCUAAUAGCAAGCAAACAUUUUUAUGGAUCAUUAGACCUGAUCUAGUCAUCGGCGUAUCGGCAAUUCUUCCCCCUGAAUUUGUGAGUGAGACUAAAGAGAGGAGUUUAUUGGCAAGUUGGUGUCCUCAAGAACAAGUUCUCAAUCACCGAUCUGUCGGGGGAUUCUUAACACACUGCGGGUGGAAUUCCACCAUUGAAAGUGUUUGUGGUGGUGUGCCUAUGUUAUGUUGGCCAAUUUUUGCAGAGCAACAGACUAACUGUUGGUUUUCUGGCAGUCAUUGGGGGAUUGGGAUUUAGAUUGGAGGUCAUGCUAAAAGAGAGGAAGUUGAGGGUCUUGUGAAAGAAUUGAUGGUGCGAGAGAAGGGGAAAAUGAUGAAGAAGGCGGCAAUGAAAUGGAAGAAGAAAGCAGAAGAGGCCACUGCUUGUUCAUCUGGGUCAUCUUACAUGAAUUUUGAGAAAAUGGUCAAGCUUUUGCUUAUGUCCAGUGGUUCAGGUUUGCAGUGUCAAUCUCAUGAGUGAGAAUUAAGAAUAGCCUCGCUUUGUACAAUUACUGAAAUUUUUCCGAAAGUUGCCGAAGCUUUAAUAUCGUGAACGACUUCAUGGCGGAUUAAGAUCAUCAGGACUAGUGAUGAUCACUAUGCUAAUCAAGAUUGAUUUCAACGACAAUGUUUAAACUACUUUUUAAACACUUUUGGCAAGCUUCCUAAUUUUGGCUUGGUUUUGCUUGUAAUUUUGGAUUAGCUGUGUUUCCUAUUUACAUAUUGUAGUAAACAUUAUUCUGUAGUUUGGAUA